GCAGAAAGUAAAAAUGGCGGCCAGUCGGAAAGUUUUGUUUAAAAACUUUAUUUGAAUCCUUUAAUCCUUUGCGCUUUUAAUAUGAUGGAUUUACCAAAGGAAAAUUCAAGCUACAAGCUAAAAGAGUACUGGGACACGCGUUUUUCAAAAGAAGAAACAUUUGAGUGGUGCAAAAGCUAUGGUAAUUUUAAAGAUUUGCUAUGCAAGCACGUGAGAAAAAGCGAUCGCAUAUUGAUGUUAGGAUGCGGUAACAGUAUGCUCAGCGAAGAUAUGUAUAAUGAUGGAUAUAGGAAUAUUGUCAAUAUCGACUUUUCGUCAAUAGUUAUAAAUAAUAUGAAGAGGAAAUGCCAACGCUUGGUUGACAUGGAUUGGAUGGUAAUGGAUAUCACUAACAUGUCCUUUGCUCCAUGUUCAUUUGAUGUUGUUGUUGAGAAGGCAACACUUGAUGCUCUUCUGGUGGAGGAAAAGGAUGUUUGGAAUCCAUCGGAAGGCACCAGGAAUACUAUGGAUUGUGUUUUGUCUCAGGUGAGAAGUUAUAAAUCCUGAACAGCUUUUGAAAAUUUAAGCUUAUAUUUAAUUUUGUAUUGGACUGGACCACAAAAACUUGACCCGAAUGGAAAUAUAAUUUGUCAUUGGAACAGGGCUGUCAACCCCCCACGUCUUCAAAUAUUGAGAAUUGAUGGGGAGUGGGUGAUAGAUGACAUCAUAAUGCAGGGCACAUGAAGUCAUUUUUUGGAAAAAAAAAAGCGCAAAAAAGAUGUUGUUUUAAUUGUAACAUUUGACCUAAUUGGUUUACUUCCCACCAAUCACAUUAUUGCUUAUAUUACAAAGGCAUACCGGAGUUUGUGAGGAAAUGUUCAAUGUUAACAGAAAAAUAGCUCAAACAAUGCAAAAUAUUUGAAAUUUCAUUGUCGGAGAGUCAAAUCUACAAGAAAUGGCAAACUUUGGCGAUUAUCCGAGAGAUUUCAGACUCUAAUCUGGAGACCAGGGGAAAAGGUUUAAAAUCUGAAGUCUCCCAGAUUAUCCGGGAGUGUUGACAGCCCUGUUGGAGUAAUGGAGGAGUGGAAGAGGAAAUGUUUGUUUUAACUUUUAAAAUCUGAUUUUUCUGAAAUUAGGCUGGAUUGGCAGAAUACCUGACCCACUCAAUAUACAAUUUUAACAAAACUGCUCCCACGGUCCCCCAGUUGUCUGAUUUGCAUAAUAAAUUCUGACAUCGACUGCAGGAGUGCAGAGCUGCAGGAGCACUAGUAUACCUUGUUCUAUAAGUGCACUAGUUACCUGCAAGACUGGGGCAGCAGUAGUUGUAUACCCUCUUAAUAUUAACUUCUCAGGGACUGUGAGAUUGCGGGACUGCAAAAGCACUCGUUUUACUCACUUACAUUUAAGUAUUCAUUGACUACUGAACAUGGCUGUGGUACUGUGGGAUCGAUUUUUCAAGUAAGAUAUUUAGUGGGUCGGAUAUUAGAUGCAAUCACUCCUGCAAUUUUUCCAUGAUACAGAUGAUACAAAUGGUCAUCUUGGCCAGACAUUGUCCAUUCUCCAGCUGUUAUGUUGAGCCCACAACAGUAUGAAAAUUUAAACUGGAAUUUACAGGGAGGUUUACACUGAAAGAAGUACAUUUGUCUUAGGUAUUGAUUAUAGUCAUACAGUGUAAUUUUUAUCAGCCAUUUUUCUUUUUUCCUUUUAACAGAUUUCCCAAGUUUUAAGACAUGGAGGACACUUUAUUUCAGUAACAUUUUCACAGCCCCAUUUCAGGAAGCUUUCCUGGCCAAGUCACACUAUGGUUGGUCAAUUUCUAUGCAGCCUUUUGGUGACUCCUUUCAUUACUUUUUCUAUGCCAUGAAAAAGGGUGAAGAAAUGAGUGAGGAUGAUAAAAAACUGGAAAUAAGUGUGAGGGAUAAAUUCAACCCUAACAAGCAGGAGAGGAGCAGUUUUGUUCAUGAACUACCAGAGGACAAAGAGGACUUUUUAUUGAACAUAGCAUUAUAGUACUUGAGGAUUUAAACACCAUUGCUACAUUCCAGGGAAAAUCUUAUUUUUGUGAAGGCUGUUAGCCUCCAAAGCAGGUGUUUUCUUUGGGCGCACGAAUGUUUUUGUCACAAAAGUGCCAUGUUGAAACUCCAAGAGAGGAUGAAAUGGGGCGAGUGAAAGGGAGCGGGGGAGGGGGCGGAGAGAGAGAGGGAGAGUUGAGAGUAUUUUUUUCUCUCCCCUCACCCUCUCCUUCUUUCAACCUAGCACCUACUGUGAGGGUUGCUCUCCCCAAUCUUCCUCUGUCAUGAAAUCAAAGAUGGCAGCUACAAUAACAGGAACAUAAAAAAGCAGCUUUUGCCCCUCCCCCAUCCCUUGCUAUACACGUGUGAUGUUUACACCUCAUUGCAAUAACAUUGCUUUAGAAAAAUUGCUAAGGGAAAAAUUAAGAAGUGGGAGAAUUCAUUAGGAAUUAACUAGGCUUAUUAAUAAACCACUAUAAGAGUGCAUUUAAUCGCAGCAAAGGUAU